AUGGAGAGUAAUUCAUUCAACCUUGAUGCCAAAGAAAACAAUAUUUCCAACAAUACACCAACUGAUUUAUAUAAAUACAAUACUUCAUCGUUCAAAGGUGAUUGUCGUACUUCUUUGAAUUCUGAUUUAAACAACACCUUGAAACUCAACAAAAAAGAACAAAUAUCAAACAAAACAAUAAGAAAGACCAAUAAGCACCACAACAAAACAAUAUCCAGCAAAGCUAGUAACCUCAAGUCGUUGACAAGAGAAGCUUUCAUCUCGCCAACCUUGCAAGAACCAAACAGCAAGUCAGUUGGCUUCACCCCAACAAAAACAAAGUUAUGCGGAUCAGCAGAAAAGAAAGGAGAUAAUAUGGAUAUUAUGGAUCGUCUAUCACCACUAUCCUCAUUCCAAUCAAAUGAACUAAAUGAUGGCUCAUCCCGCGCAAAUCUAUCGAACAAUUCCAACACUAACGGAGAUACAACAAUAAAUGAUCGUGACUCAUCAGACACAGGAAUACCAGAACUAGAAGGACUAAACUAUUCACAAAUAUACACCAACACAUCUCUAGACGUAGUUAAUGAAAUGGAUCUGCACACAUCAAACAACCAGGAUUUAGGAGACCAAAACACAAACCCAUCGCAGCCAUACGAUCUUUUGCAAAAUGUGCACUACGUUACAGAAAACACAAACCAACUCAUGUCAAACCCAGCAAAUUUUAUCGACAGAGAGAACAAUUUAAGGGAAGAAGUUAACGUUAGCGGAGUUAACCAGUACAACAGCCCAUAUUUAUACCAAUACACCCCGAGCGUCGAGGAGCAGAAUGAAGACGAGUACAUUGAUUAUGAAGGAGACAUGAGAUACGUCGACAACGUAGACUAUAUGCUCAACAACGGAAUCGAUUACGUCAUGGACCCUAACUACACACACGAAAACACGAACCUGGAAACAAAUAACUACGACUCAAACAGCGUGUUUAUCAAUAAUCUGGAUAACCUUACGCAAUCACAAGAUCAGUUGUCUAACACACACACAGUCAGCAAUUUCCCACACGACAAUAACAUGGAAGAUAUAGUUAUCAUAGAUGAACUGAGCAACGACGCGAAGAAUGAUUUGGUCCGAAAUAACAGCAUAAAUGUCCUGAUUGAAAAUUCCGACAAGAAAUUAGACGAAGGAGUCAUGAGCAGCAUACUGAGAGACCUAAUAUGUCCAAUUUGCCUGGAGUACUUCUACUUCCCAGUUACAGUCGCAUGCGGACACACGUUCUGCAGAUAUUGCAUAGGACACUCAAAGCUGACUGGGAAAAUGUGCCCACUGUGCAGACAACCAGUUGGUAGAAGUCUGAACAUAAACACAAUAUUGUCAAAUCUAGUUAAGAGCUUGAAGUUGAGGAAGAGAGGCAGAUCGACUCUAUCAACAGUCCCAGAUGUAUCACAGGUGGCAGAGAAGAUAUGGUGGGAUGAGCAUUGCCUUAAACCCUUUGUUUCAGUGCCGCUUUUCAUACGAAUUAUGUUCGGAGGAAUGACCCAGGCGCCAGUGUUUUUCGACGAUCUGUGCUCAUGUUUAAUAGACUAUUUCAACACAGGAAACAAAUGGUACAAGUCAAAAUGGGUCUUCACAAUAGAAGAUUUUAGACUCAUAAGAAAUUUAAUAGGGCUGCAACUUAGCCCAACGAGCGAUCAGCCGGAAACGACAUCAAUGGACGUUUCUAAAAUAAACGAUUCGAACAACGUGAGAUUACACCACUGGGUAGAAGAUUACCUUAUUUCAAACCCGCAACUUUGUUUUAGAAGCGAUAACGUAUACCCACUAACCCUCAAGGUCUACCAUGACAUGAACCACAAAAUUGAAGGAACAGUAUUCAGUGCACUGGACAUACCCUACAAACUACCCUGGGAUGCAGGAAGACAUGUUAAAUCACUCUUACACUUCCCACACAGCUCAGUUUCACUCUCACACCUCAUUUUUGCACAAUGCCCGGACGGACGUUUCGGAAUUUUGGAUGUUGGAAGCACAAUAGGGACGAUGAUCAAGAUCCAGGGAGUCCACGUACUACAGUCUGGAGAUCGAAUCCACAUUGGAGACAAGCACGAAGUUGACGUAUACAUCUACAAGGACUCGAUAGGAACACCAUUUAAGGACUACAAGUGGGAUGCAAACACAAACCAAGUCAUUAAUUACGCUGAAUACCUUUGUUCUCAACAGAACGCAGACCAAAACGAAAACAAAGAACACGGACCUGCCAAAGAAGGUAUAAACUCAGAUAUCGAGGUUGACAUGGACCCGAAUUUUAGACACACAGACCCCAAUUUGGGAGACAUGGAUUCAAAUUUACAGGAAAUGAACUCGAAUUUGCAAGAUUUGGAUAGUUAUCUGAAGAUUAAGAUAUUCGCAGAUUUACAAGUUGAACGAGAUAUGUGGAUAUGUCCAAAGGGAGUAAUUCUGGGUCGUGGACCUGUGACGCAGUCCUCUUACAAAAAACUAUCAAUCACUACACAAAACGGAUACAUAUCGAGAGAACACUGCCUGAUAUACUAUGAUGGAAGCAGACCCUCGGGAAGUAGAUGGCUGCUAAGAGAUAUGAGCACGCUAGGCACUUUUCUCAAGUUAAAACCAUUCCAAGAACCACUUCCAGUGUCUCCAGGAUUCGUGUUUAAGGUCGGCCAGUGCAAAGUUGAAGUAGGAUCACCUCACGAGCUUUCUCGCAGGGUUCCCUCCUCAGCUAUGCUCAUCAUGUCACAACUACUUCAAUCUCAUAUCGAGCCUAACAGACUCGUCGAGAUCCAGUCGAAUCUCAACGUUAACCUGGCGAAUCCAAGAAACAACCCUCUCAACAUUCCAGACGUUGCCAGACUUGAGAGGGAAGCCUACAGCGCCCUUGACCACCACCUGUAUCACCAGGAGGGAAAUCAAAACCACCAGACUUACCAUGGUGAGGGUAACCAGGAAGUAAACCCUCGGGUUCAGACCCAGGAAUUGCCUGGAGAUGUGAGUCUCAGUGGACAAGUCGUACCAAACGUCAUGAGAGACGACGUUACUUAA